CUGUGACGUGUGGGUGGGCGGGGCAGGUAGCAGGUGAGCGGCCAGGUCUCCCAGGCUCCAAUCACUCCAGAGACUGAGCCAUGGGGGGAAAACAGGACCAGGACGAGAACUACGGAAAACCAGCCAAAUAUGACCCCUCCUUUCGAGGUCCCAUCAAGAACAGGAGCUGCACAGAUAUCAUCUGCUUUGUCCUCUUCUUUGUCUUCAUUCUGGGUUACAUCGCGGUGGGACUUGUGGCCUGGGUGUAUGGAGACCCCCAGCAAGUCCUCUACCCCAGGAACUCUACUGGGGCAUACUGUGGGGUUGGGCAAAACAAAGAUAAACCAUAUCUCCUGUACUUCAACAUAUUCAGCUGCGUCCUAACCACCAACAUCAUCGCGGUCGCCAAGAAUGGUCUGGAAUGCCCCACACCCCAGGUGUGUGUGUCCUCCUGUCCAGUGGUCCCAUGGACCGUGGAGCCGGAGCAGCUCUCGCAGACGGUUGAGAAGGUCUUCUAUGCUGCAAAUAGGAGCUUUUGUCUGCCAGGGGUGUCUGGGGAUAUGGAAGUGCUUGAAAGCCUGCAACUAGAGCUCUGCCCCAGUUUCCUCCUCCCUUCCACUCCAGCUCUAGGGCGUUGUUUCCCAUGGUCCAAUAGCACUGUGCCCGAGCUCACAGGGAUCUCCAACACAUCCAUCUCCCAGGGCAUCAGUGGUCUUCUUGAUGGCCUCAAUGGCCGUGACAUCAGUGUCAAGAUCUUUGAAGACUUUGCCCAAUCCUGGUAUUGGAUUCUUGUUGCCCUAGGCGUGGCUCUGGUCCUGAGCCUGCUGUUUAUCCUGCUUCUGCGCCUGGUGGCCGGGCCCCUGGUGUUUGUGCUGAUCGUAGGGGUGCUGGGCGUGCUGGCCUAUGGUAUAUACCACUGCUGGAAAGAAUACAGCGUGCUGCGGGACCAGGGUGCCUCCAUCUCCCAGCUGGGCAUCACCACCAACCUCAGCGCCUACGGCAAAGUUCAGGAGACCUGGCUGGCAGCCUUGAUCGUGCUGGCCGUGCUGGAAGGCAUUCUGCUGCUGAUGCUCAUCUUCCUGCGGCAGCGGAUUCGUAUCGCCAUCUCCCUCCUGGAGGAGGCUAGCAAGGCUGUAGGACAGAUGAUGUCUACCAUGUUCUACCCGCUGGUCACCUUUGUCCUCCUGCUCAUCUGCAUUGCCUACUGGGCCAUGACUGCUCUGUACCUGGCCACAUCGGGACAACCUCAGUAUGUGUUCUGGGCACCCAACGCCACCUUGCCGGGCUGUGAGAAAGCGCUGAUGAAUACAUCAUGUGAUCCCUUGGCCCAGACCCCGAACACCUCGUGCCCAGGGCUGAUGUGCGUCUUCCAGGGCUACUUGUCCAAAGGCCUGGUACAACGUUCUCUCUUCAACUUGCAAAUCUAUGGGGUCCUGGGGCUCUUCUGGACCAUCAACUGGGUAUUGGCCUUCGGCCAGUGUGUCCUGGCUGGGGCCUUUGCCUCCUUCUACUGGGCCUUCCACAAGCCUCGGGACAUCCCUACCUUUCCCCUGAGUGCUGCCUUCAUCCGCACACUCCGUUACCACACCGGGUCACUAGCCUUCGGAGCCCUCAUCCUGACCCUGGUGCAGAUAGCCCGAGUCAUCCUGGAGUACAUUGACCACAAACUGAGAGGAGCCCAGAACCCCAUGGCCCGCUGUAUCUUGUGCUGCUUCAAGUGCUGCCUCUGGUGUUUGGAAAAGUUUAUCAAGUUCCUGAACCGCAAUGCAUACAUCAUGAUUGCCAUCUAUGGGAAGAAUUUCUGUGUCUCAGCCAAAAACGCCUUCAUGCUGCUCAUGCGGAACAUUAUCAGGGUGGUCGUCUUGGACAAAGUCACAGACCUGCUGCUGUUCUUUGGGAAGCUACUCGUGGUUGGAGGUGUAGGGGUCCUGUCCUUCUUUUUUUUCACUGGUCGCAUCCAGGGACUGGGUAAACACUUUGAGAAUCCCCACCUCAACUAUUACUGGCUGCCUAUCAUGACCUCCAUCAUGGGGGCCUAUGUCAUCGCCAGCGGCUUCUUCAGCGUUUUUGGCAUGUGUGUGGAUACUCUCUUCCUCUGUUUCUUGGAAGACCUGGAGCGGAACGAUGGCUCCAUGGACCGCCCCUACUACAUGUCCAAGAGCCUUCUGAAGAUUCUGGGCAAGAAGAACGCGGCGCCCCAGGGAGACAAGAAGAGGAAGAAAUGAAAGACGCAGCCUGAUCCGGGACUGCACCCCGCCUAUUCAGCUUCCCAGCCCCACCUCACCUUCCAGAUCUCGAUUAUGUAGUAAAAAGAUUUUAUUAAAAGAUUGAUAUUUUCCUUUCUCAAAAA